AUGAAAAGGUGGUUAAUACCAUCGUAUUUUGUGAUCUUUUCCCUCUUCUUUACCUAUAAUUCUUCUGCUCUAACAAUACCGUUUUGCCCUCAUGACCAAAGUGCUGCCUUAAUCCAAUUCAACAGCUCCUUUUCCAUUGAUUGUUCCGUUUUUAGCCAACCAUCUAUACUCAGGGCUAAGACAAUCUCCUGGGAGGAAGGAACAAACUGUUGCUUGUGGGAUGGAGUUAAGUGUGAUACUGAAACAGGAAAUGUGAUUGCCCUUGAUCUUAGUUUCAGCUGCCUUUUUGGCCCUUUCCCCUCUAACAACACCCUCUUCCUCCUCCGCCAUCUCCGUCAGCUUAACCUUGCCGGGAAUGAUUUCAGACGCUCCCCUAUGGCAUCCCAAUUUGGUCAAUUGACUAGUUUGACCCAUCUAAACAUCUCCUGGUCGAGCUUUAUUGGUAAAGUUCCACCUGAAACCUCACGCCUUUCUAAACUAUUAUCCCUUGAUUUAUCCAUCUAUGGUUUGAUGUUUGAAGGGCAUGUCUUUGAAAAUAUGGUCGCAAACUUGACACAACUAAGACACCUUCUCCUCUCAGAUGUCAAUAUGUCUCAAAUUGUUCCUACUUCUUUCCUUAACAUGUCUUCUUACAUACAAACUCUUGUCCUCGAGAAUAAUUACGAACUGCACGGAAAGUUCCCUGAAGAUGUUUUCCGCUUUCCUUACUUACAAAAGUUCCGUGUUUCUAGUAAUUAUCUUGAACUCAAGUUCCCAAAGACAAAUUGGAGUGCUCCCCUCAAGUCACUGCAAGUAACAUUGUCAUAUUUGCAGGAACUGCCUGAUUCAAUUGGUGACCUUACAUCUCUGGAGAUAUUGGAUCUUCCUGUUAAUCAUUUAGGAGGGCCAAUUCCAGCAUCUGUUGGCAACCUCACACGACUAAAAUAUUUAGAUCUUUCCGAUAAUAACCUUAGUGGUGUUUUGCCAGUUUCUGCUUUUAACCUUAGACAAGUUCAAUUUGUAGAUUUUUCAGGAAACAAGUUGGCUGGUUCCUUUCCAUCUCAAGUAAGUGAACUUUCACAACUUAGUAUUCUAGACCUUGAUCGCAACUUUCUCAGUGGCAGGGUACCGUCCCGGUUGUUUUCUCUUCCAUCUUUAGUUUUGUUGAGGCUCAGUAAUAACAAGCUUACUGGUCCAAUUGACCAAUUUGACAAGGUUGCUCCGUUGGAGGAGGCUUAUUUGCAGAACAAUGAGAUAGAGGGUCCACUUCCUGGUUCUAUUGCCCUACUUGUGAACCUUAUUUAUCUUGAUCUUUCCUCCAAUAAGUUGAGUGGAAAUUUUGAGUUGGACAAACUAUCAAAGUUCAAAAAACUUGAGUCUCUUACUCUCUCAAAUAACGCUUUGCUAUCAUUUACCAGUGAAAGCAAGGCCAGUUACUCCUUGCCUAAUCUUUUAUUUUGUACGGAAUCUAGAAGGUUUGAGAGAGUUAGACCUUUCGAACAAUCGAAUCCAUGUCAUUGA